GGCCUCAUCAAAAAUUGCAACAUAGUUUUUGACCUUCUCAUCCAAUUGGUAUCAUUGAUAUCAAAAGCCCAGCGUUACCAGUAUGUCGCGGGCAGCGGAAGCAGCUAUGGCUGCUAGUUAUAAAAGCUUGAAGGAGGAGUUCGUGUCAAAUUUGACAGGUGGAGGAAUUGGAGAAAUUAAUAUGGUUACUGCUGUCGCUCCAGUCGCAGUUAUCCUUUGGUCAGCUUUACAGAGCCGCCAGUAUUUUUUCGCACCAUAUACCCCAAUUGCUUUCGCUGUCGACUUCCUCCUCAAUGUCGGGGCUAUUCUUCUUGCGAUUUCUGUCUACGCAGAUAUGCCUCUCAUAUUGAAUCUCUUACUCCUUGCGCCAGUUCCAUUGUUAUAUGCAAUUCCACCACAGAAGACUACACAAAAGGCCCCGCCAAAGAAAUCAAGAAUGCCACAAUCAAAAGCGAAGCCUUCAGACGAAUUGAAUCCUCUUCCAAAGAAACCUUUCCUUACCAUCUAUAGAGGGGCGAUGAUGGUUAUCACUUGUAUAGCUAUACUUGCAGUCGAUUUCAGGAUUUUCCCACGAAGGUUUGCUAAGGUAGAAAACUGGGGAACGUCGUUAAUGGACAUGGGAGUAGGAUCUUUCGUAUUUUCAGGUGGUCUUGUGGGCGCUCGUCCGAUACUCAAAGAACAGAAUGCUGGUCGAACAACGAAGCUCAGCACACGCUUAUACAACUCGAUACGCCAUGCACUACCAUUGAUUGCUCUCGGGACCAUACGUUUAUACAGUGUCAAAGGAUUGGACUAUGCGGAGCAUGUUACUGAAUAUGGAGUGCACUGGAAUUUCUUCUUUACCCUUGCAUUCAUUCCUCCAUUCGUAGCGAUAUUUCAGUCUGCGUUUCAGCUCAUCCCGUCAUACGCCCUGUUGGCCGUAAUCCUCGGCUCCUUGUAUCAAGUUACGCUCGAAUAUACCAGCCUCAAAGCGUUUAUACUCACAGCACCAAGAACAGAUCUAUUUUCGAAGAAUCGUGAAGGAAUCUUUAGUUUCUUUGGCUACCUCGCAAUAUUUCUGGCGGGUCAAGCAACUGGAAUGUUUGUAUUACCACGCAAUUCUAUACCCACGGGAGGUCCAGUUGCUCAGAGAAAACGCCUCUUGAUGAAAAUGGGUACAUGGUCAGGAGUGUGGAUUGCCCUCUACUUCUUCACGACAAAUUACAGAUAUGGAAUGGCAUUAAGUGUAUCACGCCGCCUUGCGAACCUUCCGUAUUUCCUAUGGGUUUCAGCUUUCAAUUGCUCACAAUUGACUGCAUUUUGUUUGGUGGAAACGAUAUUCUCCCCGGCGGCUCAUAAAAGCAUGGAUGCGAAGACGGAAAAGGAGAAUUACGAACUCUCAACAAGUCGAGUCCUUGAAGCAUUUAACAGAAAUGGCCUGGCCAUCUUCUUGGCUGCAAAUCUACUCACAGGACUCGUCAACCUGACCAUCCCAACUUUAUUUGUCAGCAAUCUCCAAGCUAUGGGGAUAUUACUACUUUAUGCCUCUGCUUUGACAGGACUUGCCGUAGGUUUGGAUGUAUACGACAUCUCCAUCAAAAUGUAAUCCCGGAUGGGGAUUGUUUAAGCAGCACAGUAAUCUGCAAUCUCGCUGAGCACAGCUUUUGCCUUGCAACUCCCGUGCCUGACGAAAGCAUCGAUGAACCUUGUACACAAACUUUGACAUUUGAUACCUGCUUUGCUUUUCCGAUGCUGUGAACCUGAAUAUAUAUCCACCGUACCGUACGGGUAGAUGAGACAAUGAAGCAAACAAAUCCAAAGUUUCGACCUCUGCAAUAAUUUGAUUCAUGUAUCUCUCGAUGCAUAUACUAGAAGCUAAACGUACAUCAGAGUCGGCUAGAUCAGAUCGGUGUAGCCAAUGUUCUUGUCUCCUUUACAGAUAGAAAAUCAAGUGACAGUCAGGUAAUCAAUCAAUCGACCAAGCAAUCCCAAGCAUGAGACUCUACAGUAAGAUAAACUACCCUCCAAAGAUACAACCUUGACCAAUGAUUCCGCACACAUACAUACUAUACUCGUCAGGCCGCCUCAAAGACUGUGUACUAUAUUGUAUUUGUAUUGUAUUGUACUAUAUUGUAGCCUGGUGAUGAUCAUCAGGUUUGUUCAUCGCAUCGGGAUGGAUGCUGAAAGCCUGAAACACAUGCACCUUGCACCUUUCACAUGCAAGCCAACUUUUUCCUCGUCGUGGAUCUCCCAUUUUUCAAGGUGUGAUUCGUAAACUCGAGGAGAGAGAGGGGAGGGAAGUGGAAUGGAAUGGGAUGGGAUGGGACGAUGCAAGGUCCCUGGCUUUUUACAUGCAUGCAUGCAUGCAUGCCAUUCAUGCCAAUACGACGUUGACUAGUUGCGGCCGGAAUCGUGAUUUGCGUGUGUGCUGGGUGAGUGGGUGGGUAUGUGGUGUGUGGUACCUGAAUCUUUCCUGGUUGGUGUUGGUGUGCUUUUUGGGGGUUCUUGUUUCUUGAUUUUUACUUUUUUCUUCCCCCGAGGAUAGAUUUGUUGCUUGGGGUUUUCUAUAUCUAUAUCUGAGAUGGAGAUGCAGCUGGAUUUUUGGGGGUAUUCGAUUUUGAUGUGUAGAUGGGCAUUGUACAUGUACAUACAUCAGUACUUAUCUAAUUCUAAUUCUCACACACCAUAGUGCUGUGAGCA